AUGGCAGCCCCUACACAGCUUGCUUUCCGAACGGUCAAAGGGAUUGGCAUCUUGGAUGCGGCCCCGGUCUAUGAGCCCUUGCCAGGAUUUGCGAAGCCUGAUGGGAACCUUCGCUGUGACGCUUAUUCUCCCUGCGGUCGGUAUUUUGCGUGGGCUUCUCCCGAUAAGGUCACCAUCAUCGAUCCCUCUGUCGGACACGUCAUUACCACCAUCGCUGCCGAGAAUGUCUUCGAACUGGGAUUCUCGCCUCUCGGGACCUACCUGAUCACCUGGCAGCGACCGUCGAAGGAUGCCAACGGAGACGCUGUGAAGAACCUAAAGGUCUGGAAGGUGAUUGAGACAUCGCCCGACAGCAACGAAGAUGAGCACACCAUCGUGGGCAGCUUCGUUCAAAAGUCGCAGACCGGCUGGAACUUGCAGUACACCGCUGACGAAGCCCUCUGCGCUCGCACCGUCACCAACGAGGUCCAGUUCUACCAGAGCGACAACCUGUCCAAGGUCUGGAACAAGCUGCGCGUGGAGGGUGUCUCGGACUUUGCCAUCUCGCCCGGCAAGAACAACUCUAUCGCGGUCUUCAUUCCUGAGCGCAAGGGUCAACCAGCGGCGGUCAAGGUCUUCAACGUGCCCCAGUUCGGAGCCCCCGUCUCCCAGAAGAGCUUCUUCAAGGGCGACAAGGUUCAGCUGAAGUGGAACGCCAAUGGCACCACUCUGCUUGUGCUUGCGCAGACCGAGGUCGAUCGCAGUGGCAAGAGUUACUACGGAGAAACUACUCUCUAUCUGCUCAGCGCGAACGGCGGCUUUGAUUCGCGCGUGGACCUCGACAAGGAGGGUCCGAUCCAUGAUGUCUCCUGGAACCCCAACUCCAAGGAAUUCGGCGUUGUGUAUGGUUACAUGCCUGCGAAGACCACCAUCUUCAACUUCCGCGGUGUCGCCAAGCACAGUUUCCCUCUGGGACCCCGCAACACCAUCCUGUUCUCCCCUCAUGGUCGCUUUGUCAUCGUGGCGGGCUUCGGUAACUUGGCCGGCCAGAUGGAUAUCUACGACCUAGACAAGAACUACCACAAGGUGGUCACCGCUGAGGCCUCGAAUGCCAGUGUCUGCGAAUGGUCUCCUGAUGGACAGUACAUCCUGACGGCGACGACCAGCCCGCGUCUGAGAGUGGACAACGGCAUUCGCAUUUGGCACGUCAGCGGCGGUCUGAUGUUCAACGAGGACAUGAACGAGCUCUACGACGUGAUCUGGCGUCCCCUGUCGACCACCCAGCAUCCUCUGACCGACCCGUUCCAAACCCUGCCGGCUCCUCAUCCCUCCGCGCUCGCUUACUUGAGCACGAAGAAGGCUCCCGUCAAGCCCGUCGGUGCUUACAGACCCCCCGGAGCUCGUGGCCAACUCACCCCUCUUGCCUUCAAGCGCGAAGACGAAGGUGGCGCAGCGUUCGUUCGCGGCGAUGGCGCUACCGGUGGUAGCGCGCUGAACGGAUUCGGCAAGCCCCGGCGACGCGAGGUUCCCGGCGCCGAGCCCGUCGAGGAGUAUCUGCCUCCCGGAGCCGCUCCCGGAGGCGGCGUCGCCCUGCCCUCAGGAGGCGACCAGGAGAAACUGUCCAAGUCUGCCGCGAAGAACAAGAAGAAGCGCGAAGCCAAGAAGCAGCAGGGCGAUGGCCUGGCACCCCCCGCCCACGGCGGCCAGCCCGGACACAGCCCGGACCGUCGCAGCCACGAGCGCAGCCGAUCGAAGAACCAGAACGGCGAAGGCAACUCCCGCCGGAACGGCCAUCAGGCCAACGGAACCGCGAAUGGUCCUUCGCAUUCGGCCAAGGCCGCCAAUAACGCGCCCGCUCCGGCCGCUGCCGCUGCUGCUGCCGCUGCCGCCGCCGCCGCCGCCGACGCCGCGAACCCCACCGCGCAGGACAAGAAGAUCCGCGGCCUCCUGAAGAAGAUCCGGGCGAUCGAGGAGCUGAAAAUGCGCCUUGCCGGCGGCGAGAAGCUGGAAGAUACGCAGGUGAAGAAGAUCCAGACGGAGGACUCGGUGCGCAAGGAGCUGGAGGCGCUGGGAUACAAUGGAUAG